UAUAGCUCGUAUCUUUUAACGUGUAUUUAUUUAUUUUUUAAUUAUCUUAUUUCUUAUAACAUUCUAAUAUUAAAAUUCUUUCUUUUUCGUUUAUUAACAUUUCAUUCAUUCGUUCUUUCACAUUUUAAUAUUAUCAAUACUAACUCCUAUCUUGCACGUAUGCUUUAUCUCUCUAUCUCUCUUUAAGACUCAUCUCGACGUGUACGUUAUUGUCUUCCUUCUAACAACGAUUAGUCACGUAUUCAUUGUGAAAUUUAAAUAUUUCAUGACAUUUUCAAGCUUCGUCGAAUGUCCUUGAUAAAAAAGAAAUUUGUGUGAGAAAUUAAAAAGAUAUUGAAAAAAAAAAAAAUAAGCAAAAAAAGAAAAAGAAAAAGAAGAAGAAGAAAAGGAAAAGAAAAAGAAAACUGACAAAUAAAUAAUUAAACAAAUAAAUAAAUAAAAACUAACCGGUUUUUGGAAAGCGGCCGUAGAUAUAAAUAGAAGUACCUCGUGCGUGCAUGCGUGCGUGCUAUGAUGCUUUUAAACAUAGUUUUGGCAGCGAGAAACGUCAAACCGCUUCAGAGUCUUGAAGCGUGUGGAUCGCGAAUUUUGUCGAGAAUUCGAGAAAAAGAAAAAGCAAGAAAAAGAGAAAUAGAAAGAAAAAAAGAGAGAGAGAGAGAGAGAGAGAGAGAGAAAACAAAAUUCAAAUUUGUCUCUUACAAAGAAACAUUUCUUUUUUUUAAACAAAAUUUUCAUAUCGAUAAAUUCGAAACGAUUUCAACGAUCAUAAUUUUUUUUUCUUCCUUUAUCUCAGUCUUUAUCAUCAUCAUCGAAAACACAAAGGCGAUCUUGGUGAGAAGAAAAAAAACAGAGAAUAAAAGAAAAGAGAGAGAAAUAGAGAAAGAGAGAGCGAGAGAGAGAGAGAGAGAGAGAGAGAGAGAGAGAAAGAGAGAAAGAGAGAAAGAAAAAGAGAAAGAGCAGAAGAGAUGAAAAGUGCAUUGGAAAAGUGCGACAAGGAGAACCAGCGACCGAUGGAAGUGGUUGCACUCGAGGAGAAUGCGGAGGACAUCGAAGAGGAAGAGUAAAAAUCAAAAGCAACACAGAAACAACCUAUUCGUGUAUCGUGCUGCGAUGUCGCCGAGUAAUAGAUGCGUGGACGAUGCUAUAAACGACGUUAUCCUGGAGAAGCUACGAAGUUUCGCGCCAAAACCACAAGAAGGUGGGGAAACAUUCAGAAGUAUUAUAGCUAAGAUACACGCACGAGUCACGUCUUCAGACCGACGAGUUCGCGAACGUACUUUGGAGAAGUUAUGGUGUAAGAAUUCUGGUGCUAUGGAGAUUUUUAUUACCACUCUUGAGAAUUCCAAGGAUUACGUGUUGAAUUGUAGUAUAACUGGUAUAUUACACGAAUGUAUAUCACCAAAAAUGACAAAGGGCAAAUCGAAAGGAAACAAGAACAAAAAUGCAACAAGAAACAGUAACCGAAUGGCGGUCAUUCAACUGAUCAAUUCCGGGAUCACGCAAGUCCUAGUUAAACUUUUAAUGAAUUUGCAGCAUAUGGAUAGUAUUUCUUCGGAAGUCCUUGUACAAGAAGUUCUUUGGAUUUUGGGACAGGUUUGCCAAAGGGAUCAGAAAUUUGUAACGAAAUUGAAAAAUUCAAAUUAUGUCAAAAUAUUUCAUACGCUCCUUCAACAACAUUACAACAACGGUAAAACAAUUCUUCCUUUGUUGCUGAUAAUCAAAGUUUUUGCUAAAAAUUCAUUUUCUCAACAAGUUCUUAUCAAAGAUGGGAUUGCCAAUACAUUAGAAAAGACCUUCGUUUGCAUUGGUCAUGUACCUCAUAUUAAAUUAAAAGCGUUGGUCGAAUGUUUGAAAUAUUUCACAAUGAGCAAAUUAUGCUGCACAAAAUUUGUAAAGGCCGGAAUGGUUCAACAACUGAUGCGAACUUUCGAGAGAUGGGAGAGAUUCGACGGGCAAUUGAGACUGAAGAUAUCCAACUACGUUCUGAACACGCUACAGCAUCUUUGCGUAAUAAAGUCUGGAAGGAAGGCUAUUAAGUCUAACAAUGGUCUACAGCUACUGUACCGGUUUUGUACAAACUGCCCGGAGGAAAAAGCCUACGACUGUUUAUUGUCACGUAUAUGUGGUAUAAUCAAUCAAUGUCUGGAAAAGAAGGAGUUGCCUGUACCCGAAAUGUCUCCUGCAAGAUUUGUCUUGCCGGAAGCAAAUGCCAGGGCUAACAGCAUUGAAAGUGGCAGCGACCUUGACAGUCAAGCUAACAGCGUGGCCUCGCUUGGAAGAUUAUACAGUGAUUUCGAUUCAGGAGAUGACGAAGAUAGUCAUAGUUCAAGGAGAACAAGUGAUAAGAAUUUGUAUCCCAGCGAGGAAAUAGACGAGAGUAAAUUUUUUGCCGGAGUUUUCACGUCUCAAAGAAACGAAGAGGAUUUGAUUGGGUAUAAUGUUUUCUUUAAAGAGCUAGGCAAUCUUCAGUUACAACUCAGUCUUGCUAAAUCGUCAUCAGAAAAGUUUAUAGACUCGACGAAUUCAACGUUUGACGACGAUAAAACGUUUUCACGUUAUACAAAAAUAUCCAAAUCGAAAAGUUUCCCAAAAGAUACCCAUACCAAUGGAUCAUUAAAACAUCAAAUUAAAUCGGAUAAUGCAAAAUCUGAUUUGAAAACAUUGAAAGAUAUUUCAUCGACUACCACUGAUAGGCAUGCUUAUUGUUUGAUAGCGAGCAAAGUGAAAAGUGUUAUCAGUUUUGUCAAAGUUGCUUAUCCCGAUCUGAUUGGUGGUGAUUCAUUAGGAAAACCAGAACCAUUGAACAGCAAGGAUAGAAAAGUUUGUCGUGCUAAAUUGUUAACUUGCGUGGAAAGGGGACUACAUGCUGGUACAACGAUUCAAGAGAUUGUUUAUGAUCUCGACAAUGUAACAACGUCUUUGUCGUCGAAUGAUAGAAUUACGGAAAACAAGUUACUUUGUAAUUGGGACGAGAAGAGAAUUGGAAAAAGGAACUUGGAGACUAAGCAUUUGCAAUUUGAGUCUCGUUUUGAAAGUGGAAAUCUUAGGAAAGCUAUUAAGAUAGGCUUGAGAGAAUACGAUUUGAUCUUAACGCCAGACGUUAACAGUGCCUCUAGACAUCAAUGGUUUUACUUUGAGGUUUCAAAUAUGGAAGCAAACGUUUCUUACACGUUUAAUAUCGUCAAUUGCGAGAAGGCAAAUUCUCAAUUUAAUUUCGGCAUGAAGCCUAUACUAUUUAGCGUAACCGAGGCACAAUUGGGUCGACCAUAUUGGGUCAGAACUGGAACAGAUAUUUGUUAUUAUAGAAAUUGUUAUCAGAGACCAACAAAAGGGAAGAACUAUUUGACGACAUCGUUCACUGUCACCUUUACCCAUGCUUAUGACGUUUGUUAUCUGGCUUAUCAUUUCCCUUAUACCUAUAGCCAAUUGAUGACAAAUAUUUGGAAAUGGACCAAAAAGCUUUCAUCCUCUAAUAUUUAUUUUCGUGCCGAGUCACUUUGCGAAUCGUUAAAUAACAAUGAAAAUCCAGUAUUGACUAUAACAUCGCCAGACUCGAAGAGCAAUCCUACACAAAAUAGAAAAGUUAUCUUCCUGACGUCCAGAGUCCAUCCAGGUGAGAGCAACGCUUCCUGGGUAAUGCAUGGAACAUUGGAGAGCCUUCUAAGCAAUUCAACUUAUGCUACUAGCUUACGUGACGAUUAUGUCUUCAAAAUAGUACCGAUGUUGAACUUAGAAGGUGUGGUCAAUGGUUGCAAUCGAUAUGGACUAACGAACGAAGACUUGAACAGACGAUGGAGCAAUCCGGAUCAAUCGUUACAUCCAGUGAUCUAUCACACGAAGGGCUUGAUGGAGUACUGCACAAGGGUCCUACAAAGACCUCCUCAUGUCUUCGUAGACUAUCACGGCCAUUCACGGAGGAAGAACGUGUUUCUCUUCGGUUGUUCAAGGUCGAGUUCUUGGAGCGCCGCGGACAGGGCGAAACCGGACCAGCCGGUGCAGUAUUUGAUCUUACCGCAUCUAAUGCAAAGCGUUUCACCGGCAUUUGCUUUGCCGCUGUGUUCCUUCAAGGUAGAAAGAAAUAAGGAAUCCACCGCCAGGGUUGCCAUAUGGCGGCAGUUGGGUGUUUCGAAAAGUUACACGAUGGAGAGUAGCUUCUGCGGAUGUGAUCAAGGUGUCCUCGCUGGAUUACAUCUUGAUACAAAUCAUUUGAAAGCUAUUGGACAAGACUUUUGUCAGGCAUUAGCUAUGAUGAAAGAUGCUGACGAAGAUUGGAAUGUUGACAAAUACAUCGAAGAGUCCUGCUGUCAACGAAAAUGUAUCCAACGAAAAAUGAGAAGAAAGCCUAAAUGCAUUCAGGACAAACUUGCCAUACAUCAUAUCAGUGGGAUUCCUUAGCGAAGGGAAAUGUAAUUAUCGAUUGAAAAUCGUGAUGAUGCACGUUUAUGUAUGCUUGUUUUUUUUUCUUUUUAUCUUUUUCUUUCUUUAUUUCUUUCUCUUUUUUUUCUUUUUUUUUUGUUUUUUUGUUUUCUAACAAGAAUUCGCUUUAGGAUCUAAAGAAGAUGAAAAGCUUCAUUUUGGGAUCUAUCUAAUUUGAUUGACUGGCCUAUAACAACUAAUCACUUUUAAUUAAUCUUUCGAACUAGUACUUGUGUUUGUUUCUAAACUAUUUGUCAUAGGAUAUUUCAUUAAUUCGUUUCCCCUUUCUUUUGUCUGUUUUUUUGUAGAAUUCCAAUGGGAGAAACGAUACCUGAAGAAUCAGGAUGCAUGGAGGACGAUGUAUCCUCCAGUUGUGAUUCGGACGAGUCUGAUUUGGAGACCUAAAGAUUCUCUUUCCAUCUCAGUUUGGAAGAUUUGCGAAUCGAACAUUUACUUGUCAGAAGAUAAAUUUAUUAACCGUUGAUGUUUGGAAUAUACGCUGAUUCUGGUUCCGAAUCCGGGCACACACGAAGUUAUUAUUUUUGUGAAAAAGAUUUAUUGAAAAAUCGUAACAAAUGGUUAAAAUCGUUUACAACUUAUUUACUAUCUACAUUCUAGGCGAGAUAAGUUUGUUAUAUUAAGUAUCAACAAAAUCACAAGAAAAAAGAUAAUGAUGAGAAAUAAAUAGAAAGGAUUGGUUUGUUUUAUCCUUUACAUUAUUUAAAUUAAAAAAAAAAAAAAAAAAAAAAAAAAAAAAA